AGUGUGAAAAUAUGAUGCUCUGAAGCGGGUUUCCGUCUACUCCCAACAAUGGAAGUCCAGUGCUCAAGGCCGAAGGUGGUUUUGGUGCCAUAUCCUGCGCAGGGUCAUGUCUCUCCCAUGGUUCAACUGGCGUCAGCCUUACACAGUCUUGGCUUCCAACCGAUCGUCAUCAAUGCCCAAUUCAUGCACGAUAGAUUAUUCAACAAUGGCGUCGCUCGUGAUGAUCAUGACAGUGGAGUUAUUUUUCUCUCCGUUCCGGACGGCAUCCACGGCGAUCGACCUUGCGACUUUGUGAGCAUCUUGUUCGCCAUGGAGAAUGUCAUGCCCCCACACCUCGAGAAGAUCCUUGAGAGCUUUGGCCAUGGAGAGGAAGGAAUUGUCUGUGUGAUUACUGAUUUGUUGGCAUCUUGGGCGAUCCGAGUUGCCGAACAGCGCCGAGUUCCGGUUGCCGGGUUCUGGCCAGCCAUGCAUGCUACAUUCAGUAUCGUCAAGUCCAUACCAGAUCUCAUCCAACAGUCUCUAAUUUCAUCCGUCGAUGGUGCUCCAUUAGUGGAAGGAACGGUGAGCUUCCUACCUUCUGAUCUUCCGAAGCUACGGCCAGAGCAUCUACCAUGGUACAGUCCAGAUCCUGUUGUCCGUCUGGUCAGGUUCAAGUUCUGGUUGGAAGUCUUGCACAGGUCAAGCGCCGUAAAAUGUGUCCUAAUCAACUCAUUUGCAGCCGAAAAUAGAGCACUUGGCAUGGAGGCAGGCCCAAAUAUUGACCCAAUUUCUUCUCCACUAGACCCACAUGUGUUUCAUGUAGGCCCUCUAACGAGAAAGGUUGAUCACAAUCUCAGCAUGUGGGAGGAAGAUGGUAGUUGCACCAGCUGGCUGGCCAAGCAAGCCAGGGGUUCUGUGAUGUAUGUAUCAUUCGGAAGCUGGGUUAAACUCUCUCCCCAACACCAUGUGGUCGAAUUAGCCAUGGCGUUGGAAGCCACGACUUGGCCAUUUCUAUGGUCACUGAGAGCACCAUGGCAAGCCAUGCUCCCUACUGGGUUCAUUGAGAGGGUUGGAUCUAGGGGGAAGGUGGUGGAAUGGGCGCCACAGAGAGAGGUCCUAUCUAGUGACGCUGUUGGUUGCUUCCUUACUCACUGCGGUUGGAAUUCGACCUUGGAGGCCAUAAUCGCCGGGCAGCCGCUUCUGUGUUGGCCGGUUUCCGGUGACGAGGGAAUCAACUGUGAGUUUAUUGUGAAGGUUUGGAGGGUGGGAACCAAAUUGGAAGGCAAGGGGAUGGAUGAGAUAAAGGAAGGGAUGUUGAAGAUGAUCUGUCAGAAGGAAGAGCUGAAGAGGAAUAUGGAGGCAAUGAGGGAAAGGGUGCUGGGAAUUGAAGGGGAGUUGAUGGCAGAGGAGAGCCUUAAGUCUUUCAGGGAUAUUAUCAUGAAGAAGCAUAGGACUAAGCCGGAUAAUGUAAAAGCAGAAUCCCUGACAAGAUCUGGGUCGCUUAUUUGCCCACCCUUGGAAGGCAAAUCUUGACAGCGGCUGUCCCACCUUACAAGCGUCGGCAAAUGGAUUUGCUAUCUCCACAGAAUGUCGUAUAUGUCCUUUGCUUCUCUGUUGUUAUCACAAUGUCUUAUUUUGUUUGCUUCUAUCUUAUCUCUAGAAGGAAAAAACGUGUUACAGACGGCCUCUCGCCCUUUCCACUACCUGUUAAAAUCGGAAAUGUGAUUAGUUAAAUAAGCAGUAGGUGCUGUACAACAAGGAAAGCAGUAUGGUUGUAUGAUAAUAUAUAAAUCUUACUUGCCAAAUGAAUUUGUUUAAGAGG